CCAUUCAGAAGGUGCUGAGCAUAAGAAGGGGAGAAGCCAGGAUGGCAGCAGACAGCAACAUGGCUCCUGAAGAAAAGCCAAGCACUGCUCCUGUGAAAAGGGCCGUCCACAAGAUCCGGAUGGCCAGCCAGGUCUUCAGCUUGGCACAAGGCUGGCAGCAGUGGGCAUCUGACCACCAUGUAAAGCAAGAGCAAGAGCCUUCUGGAUGGGUUCCCACUGCAGAAAGCUCAUCAGCUCAGCCUGUACAAGAAAGUUCCUUUGAAAAAUGGCAAAUUCCAUCUGUCAAGAGGGACCAAGAAAAAAAUGAUGAAAAAUCCUUAGCAAAGGUAUUGGUGACAGUAAGAGAUGCUGAAAAAAAAUCAAGGGAAUCAGAUGAAGAUCUCAAAAUGUUCAGCAUUAAAUGCAAAGAGGUGACCAAAACAGUCGUCAGCAAAGCCUACGAACGAGGGGGAGAUAUCAGCCUCCUCAGUGAAAGGUAUGAGAACAACAACUGCAAUUCAGAGAUGACCAAACUCAAAGAAGAAUCAAAUGCUAUUGACAAAAUUCUUAGUGGCAAAUUACCUUCAAACAUAAGGAGGAAGUGCUCAAAUGUGGUAUCAGAGCUGACCAAGGGCUGGGAGAAUAUGGAAGAAGAUGAAAAAGAUGGGGCCAAGGGAGAUCUGCUGCUUAAGUGUCGUGAUGACAGCCUGGAUGCCCAGGACAGUGGCUAUGGGGAAGCAGAGGACAAGCUCGAGCAGGAGGACAGUGACCGGGAUGUGACAGCUGUGAGGAUUAAACGGCCUGUCCCAUCGCUCGCCAGCCGGCUGAGCGAGGAGGCGCGGAGCAACGCGCGCAGGAAAUGCAGCGCCGUGCACAGCCUCAAGGACAGGUGGCAGGAAUGGGCCGACCAGCACAUCAUAACACAAAAGCUGAACCCCUUCAGCGAGGAGUUUGACCACGAGCUGGCCAUGUCCACGCGCCUGCACAAAGGAGAUGAAGGAUACGGUCACCCAAAGGAAGGAACCAAAACUGCUGAGAGAGCCAAGAGAGCUGAGGCCCACAUCCACCGGGAGAUCAGGGACAUGUGCUUCAUCAUUGAAUCGAUGGCCAAGCCGCGGCCCGACGGCAAGAUCCAAGUCACUUUUGGGGAACUCUUCGACAGAUACGUUCGUAUUUCAGAUAAGGUUGUUGGGAUUCUGUUGAGAGCCAGGAAACAUGGGCUGGUGGACUUUGAAGGAGAAAUGUUAUGGCAAGGAAGAGAUGAUAAUGUCAUAAUUACUUUAUUAAAGUAAGUUAGGCUAGAACCAGAACAACUUUUGGAAAGGUUUUCUCCUCUUCUCCCUUGCCAUUAGCAUUUGCACAUUUUGAAUAUAAGAUUCCCUUGUUUACCACAUAGAAAAGAGUAUUUUUUGAAAUACAGAUUUUAUAACUAGUGCAUGAUAACUCAAACAUCCAAAUGGACUUCAUUUUGUACGAGAAGCGCUUGCAGGGCAAUGAAGUUAAUUACUAUAUCAAAAAUAAGAAGAAAGAUCUAUAUGAAAUAUAAGCAGCUGAUGAUAAAAGCCCAAAGCAAUAUAAAUAGCUACAAACUAAUUCCAAUUUCUACUUCUUGUUACAUUAAGAUAUUCCCAACCUGUUUAAACUGGAAUAUCAGGAAUAUGAAACAUGCCAGAUCAGAAGCUGAAUGACACUAUAACCUCAGACAAAGUUUUUGAUCUGAAAAAUGGUCUUGUGCAUGCACUUUGCUUCCUAAUUAAUUUAUUUAAAUACAAGUAAAAUUACCUUAUUAUAAUACAGAAUCAAGGAUACAUUUGUUUUCUUUACAAGCAAGAUUUGUAACUAUUACUGCAGUAUUAUCUUGUUGAUAUAACUGUUAACACACAUUUCUCUUAUAUAUCACAUAAAAAAUCCUUUUUAUAAAUGGGGUUUUACAUAUUUAUUGUAUUUAUAUAACUAAUUUUUUAGAUUGUUUCAUAUUUAAACCUAUGGAGAUUGGAAUGUAAUGAAUAAAAAAGUUUUGAUUAGAUAGCUACCUAAAAAUACCUUCUAUGCAACAUUGUGCAAUAUCUCAUCUGAUUAUCUAUAUAGAUACUCUUCUUAUAAAUACAGGGAAAAAUAAUAUGCAACAUAUAAAAACUAGCCAGGUACUUGUACUUUUGUAUACAGCAAAGGAAUGACUAACAUCAUCAUCAACUUCCAUUGAAAUGUACCCCUGUGAGAAAACAGAGACAUGGUGUUCAUAAUUUUGAGGAAAAUGUUGUUCCACAUUACACAGAAAUACCUAAUUUUACAGCAUUUGCCAUUCCAAUGUCAUUGAAAUAAUGUAUUUCAGUCCAGGUGAUGCUGAAGAGGACUAAACACUAAUGAAUUAAUACUUCUAGGACUUAAAAUUGUAUUAUUCACAAAUCUGAGAACUCUGUAAGGUCUCUGCUACAGGAAGUAGAGUACAGGAUUAGAGAGAGAUCAGUUUCUCUACUACAGUAAAAAUAGCUGUCCGGUUAAAAUGUGUGCACUUCACAUGAAAAGCAUUUGUUUCAGAGCAGAUGCCUGGGCAAGUAAUGAAAAAGAAGUAUUUUUUUCCCUCUUAAGAUUCUUUCAAACUGAAAGAACAAAUAUCUUCUUACAGAAGUAGAGGUGUAUUAACAUCUUGUCUCUGAUAAAACAAGUAUUGCUGUCUUAUUAUGAGUACAGGUACUCCAGUUUGAAGCUUCAGCGUAGAAAUAAACCAAAUAUCUUAUAACUUAAUGAUACAAGAACUGACUACUACACCUAUUCUAAAUCUAUGUAGAUCAUUGCUAGUUUGGGCAUAGUUAUAUUAUGUGACUAUUGAAGAAAAAUUAAUUGCGAGAUGGAAUCAAUGGAGCUUAUUUAAUGUUUUCUUGAGACCUCUUAGACUACUCAAUGUGACUACUGAUGUACAAAACGGAUGUCUUAGUGUAAUACUUACAUAUCAUAAUUUUUACCUGCAUAUUCUUAACUUAUUCUUUACAUCUUUUUAUAAUGACCUUUUAUAGCUGUCUAA